CUGCUACUGUCCUGCUGGGUUCCGCCCCUCCGGGUCCCGCCCCGAGGCCUGCUAGCUCCGCCCCUGGGAGGGCACUUCCGGCGCAGCGGAACUCCGAGUACCGACUGAGGUUGCCGGCGGAUCCCCUCUGUAGUCUCAGACGAGGCCCUAUGAGUGCGGCUCCCCUGGUGGGCUACAGUAGCAGCGGCUCCGAGGAUGAAUCCGAGGCCGGAGUGCGGACCAGGCCCGGGGCUGGGGACCGCUGUCGUGGCCAGAGCCCUCUUCCCAGUCAGAGGUUGCCAGUACCUGACAGUGUGCUGAACAUGUUUCCAGGCACGGAGGAGGGGCCUGAAGAUGACAGUGCAAAACAUGGGGGACGGGUUCGCACCUUCCCCCAUGAGCGUGGCAACUGGGCCACCCAUGUCUACAUACCGUAUGAAGCCAAGGAGGAGUUCCUGGAUCUGCUUGAUGUGUUGCUGCCCCAUGCCCAGACUUACGUGCCCCGGCUGGUGAGGAUGGAGGCAUUCCACCUCAGCCUGUCCCAGAGCGUGGUUCUGCGCCACCACUGGAUCCUCCCCUUCGUGCAGGCUCUGAAAGACCGAAUGGCCUCCUUUCAUAGAUUCUUCUUUAUUGCCAACCAAGUAAAGAUUUAUACCAAUCAAGAGAAAACCAGGACCUUUGUUGGGCUCGAGGUCACCUCAGGGCAUGCCCAGUUCCUGGACCUAGUUUCAGAGGUAGACAGAGUCAUGGAGGAAUUCAACCUUACCACUUUCUACCAGGACCCUUCGUUCCACAUCAGUCUGGCCUGGUGUGUGGGUGAUGCAAGUCUCCAGCUAGAAGGGAAGUGCCUGCAGGAAUUACAGGAAAUUGUGGAUGAGUUUGAGGAUGCUGAGAUGCUGCUACGUGUGCACACUGAGCAUGUCCGCUGCAAAUCUGGGAACAAGUUCUUCUCGAUACCUUUGAAGUGAGCCCCAGAAGCCUUACUUUCCUGGGCCCCUCUGCAGGCCAGCAGAGACAGAGAAGAGGGCUGGAACGGAUUGGAAUGCUUCUAGCCUCCCGAGAGGAGGUACUGCAGCCUGGCAGGAGGUGUAGUCACUCCUCAUCCUCCCUGGGGCUGGUUCUCUCUCUCUGUCCUGGCCCUUUUGGGUUGCAGGUUGAGAGCUACUGUAUUGUGAUCAUUCACACAAAUUGCCAGUAGAGGGCAUCCUGGGCAUCCUAAUUCUUGCCCUGUGGUGAUUAAGCCAAAAAAAAAAAAAAAAAUGGGGCUACCAGUGAGCCCACCCAUACUCAGCCAGAAUCCCCACUGUAGUCCCUCAGAUGAAUAGCCUCUCCCUCUCCUCCCCCUUUUCCCCAGUUCAGCAGUUUGUGUUUUGAUGCCAUUGGCCUCAUCAUGCCAUGGCUCAUCUCUAGUCAAGCCAGGACACAGGGCGCUUCCAUAGAUGUCACCCUGCUUCCUUGAAGAGUAUCAUUUUCAUUUAUUUACUUUUAAUCUUACCCUCCUCCUGUGCCAGCAGAGGCCGUUUCAGGGCCAAGGUACAGGGUGCUAAUUUGUGGUUCAGCACCAGCUUUCUCCAUUCUUUCCUCCCACUCACCCCCAGCCAGGUGCCCGGGGAGACUUGAGCAGAUGUUUCAUUUUGGCCUGGCUGGUGGCUGAAAGCCAGGCCGCCAACACACUGUGACCUCUGGCUUUCCCAAAGAGGCAGAGAAGGGCCUUCCCCCAGCCAGAGUUCUCCUGUUGCCUCCUCCUACAGGCAUUCUGAGGUGGAACACAGCAGGCAGGGGAUGUGCAGGAUUUUUAUUUUAUUCUAUUUAUUUACUUUUCUUUUUUGAGACAGUCCCACUCUGUCCCCCUGGGUAGAGUGCUAUGACGCAUCAUGGCUCACAGCAACCUCAAACUCUUGGGCUAAGACAGUCUUCUUGCCUCAGCUCCUGUGUAGCUGGGACUAUAGGUUUUUUAUUUUUUAGUAGAGGCGAGGUCUCACUCUUGCUCAGGCUGGUCUAGAACUCCUCAGCUCAAGCAAUCCACUGCCUCAGCCUCCCAAAGUGCUAGGAUUAUAGACUGACCCACCCUGCCCAGCCCAGGAUUUUCAUUUUUGAUUAAGCCUUCCUUAGGACAAAGGACCAGUCCCUCCAGUUGUCAUCUGGAUUUCUGGUGAUGGAUGAAGAAAUCUCUUAAUGUUAUGAAUUAUGUUCAACAAAUAAAAAUUACACUUUUUUA